GCGAAUUUGUGAGGAGGAGAAGCCGCGCACCGGCGUCCUUCUUGUGGACCGUAACCACGCAUUCGAUUGCAAACAUCGAGCGCAGGUGACAAAUGUUGCGUCCUGCGACGUCGUGACCUCGAAACCUACACGCAGGUCUACUACAGAUUUGACUGCUGGUGCAGUCAAUCUAGGCCUGAGACUGAGGCCGAACAUCGCACAUGUCAGGGAAGGGCCGAGGGAAGGGCCGAGGAGAGACGAAUCUGCUCGAGCUUGUUUGAUUGUGUGAUCUUUUCGACGUUCAGUCCGCUUCUUUGGGAGGAAGAACUUCGGGAAGUCGGAUGCAAGAAACGCUGUGUAUGCCGGGAGGGGCUUGAGAGGAACGAGGGAAUGGGGGAGCGAGAGCUUGCUUGAUCUGAGAGGAGCGUAGGACAUGGCGAGCGCGUAUGGAAGCAACGGGUUGGCCGGGGGGCUUGUGCCCAAGGCGCGGACGCAGUCGUCGGGGUUCAGUAGUUCUACGAAGAAGGCUUUUCUGACUGUCAAUGGCAAUGCGCGCACUGGUUUUCCAAAUGCCCACAUUGCAUUUAGAGCUGGAUUUUUGCCGCAUAGAGAUUUGGUGUGCAGAGCCUCCCGGCAAUUGGGCGCAAUGUUGAAGCCUGUACAAGUGGCGAGCCCUGCGUCUGUGCUUUCUUCCAAGGUCCAUUUCUCUCGCAAAGUCGCGGUUGUUCAUCCGUAUGAACGAGUAUGUCGCGACCGGCGAUUGUCUGGCAGCCUGUCGGUUUUUUGCAACGCUCGGCGAGCUGUAGACGCAGUAGAGGAGAAAAGGAAAGUUGUGGUUAAUGUUGUGGACAAGGAAAUGAUUUUGAGGCCUAGAGCUGAGCGAGCUGAAAGUUUCAAACAAUCUCCCGAGCUUGAUUCCCGAAAUGCCACAACAAUUGACUCUCCUCAAGGUGCUUCUAUUCUGACUGUUCAUCAAGAAGAAUUGGAGAUCACGGAAAGUGCAGAGCCGACGGAAGCUUUUGUGAACGAGGAUGAAAAGAAUGUGAAUGUUAGUGGACGGCGUCGGAUUGUCGAAGAUUCAGAGAAGUCUGUUGUGGAGAAUGACGCUCUAUUAGUCGGUGACAAGCGUGUUGAUCAUUUGAAGAGUUUUGUUGAAUUAGACUCAUCAAACAUCAAUUCUACGCCGUCUACCGCUAGUCGAUCAGUCAAUGGGGAAUUGCUAGCAGUCGACACACUUCACAUAGACGCACUUCCUGGUGUUGAUAAUGCUAGAUCUGUGGAAUCUAUGCAAGAAAAUUAUAGCAGUCCUACAAAGAACCAAAGCGUGAAAGCAGGAUUGGUUUCUAAGCCUCAGAAGAAAACGAAUGCAGACGCUCAACUGAAGGAAGCGUUCUCCGGUAUCAAGAGGAUAUUGGCCAAGGAUGGAGAAAAGGUCAUGGGUUGGGCUAGGAAUCUGCGGGAGCGUACAGGUGUGGAUAAGAUUAUAGCCAGAGAUGUGGAGACUAUACAGGAAGCAGUUAACUGGGUGAAGGAGCUAGCUUUGCCGGACUUGAAGAAGGAUGUCACAGAAAUCGUGGCCAUGAGAAUACUGGAGGAUCCGUCUGCUGUUCCUGGCCCUCCUUCUAAGUGGCCGCAGCCUCAAUAUCACGAGCUGUCGGGGAGGGCUCUACUUGCUGCUGAUCUGCAGACCUUGAGCUCUUACGGAGAUCAUGUCAAAGAAAUGUUGGGAGCUUGGCGUGUUCCUUUACAGACGCGUUACAACCCAGAUUAUGUUGCAGACUAUUUCAACAGAAGGCCGCAUCUGCUUGUUUCUCGAUUUUUGGAGGUAGCUGCUGCAUUCAGUUCCGUUGCCGUUCAGGUUCUGAUCGACGGGCAGAAGGUGUCUAGAGACAAGUUUGGAUCAAAAGACGAGGAAGAACAUCUACGGUAUACUCUGAAGAGUGCUGCCGCGUUGAAGAAUAUGCUUGUGGGUCUUGGCCCGACUUUUAUCAAAGUGGCCCAGUCUCUAUCGUCCCGACCUGACUUGAUCGGCACGGAUACCGCGAAGGUUCUAUCAGAGCUGCAGGAUCGUUUGGCUCCUUUUCCAACCGGAGAGGCUAUGGCUGUUAUAGAGCAAGAAUUAGGGGUACCUCUUGGUCAAGUUUUCACCCGCCUUUCAGUAGACCCCGUGGCUGCUGCGUCAUUUGGCCAGGUAUACAGAGGCCAGACAGUUGAAGGACAAGAAGUGGCUGUGAAAGUCCAGCGUCCAGACCUGUUAUUUACCGUAGCACGAGAUAUCUACAUCCUCCGACUCGGGCUAGGACUCGUGCGUAAGGUGGCUGGGAUGAGUUCGGACAUAUCUAUUCUGGCAGACGAGCUUGGGCGGGGUCUUUUUGGUGAACUCGACUACACUUUGGAAGCAGCCAAUGCCAUAACGUUUGAAACAGCGCAUGCUAAACUGUCUUACGUUAAAGUACCAAAAACUCUUCCCCACCUGACGAGUAAGCGAGUCCUGACCAUGGAGUGGAUAGAUGGAUUCCGCCCUUCCGACUUGCAUCUGAUAGCUCAAGGGGGAACUAUCGAUGGCGAGGUUAUUACAGUCACGCAGCAGCGCGAAGCAAAGGUUGCGCUUGAUAAUCUGGUGAAAAAGGGUGUGGAGUCUUCCCUUGUUCAGCUGUUGGAGACGGGCGUAAUGCAUGCGGACCCACAUCCUGGGAACCUAUUAUUCACGAAAGAUGGCAACUUGACCUACUUGGACUUUGGACUCAUCUGUCACAUGGAGAAAAGUCACCAGGCAGCCAUGCUUGCUGCUAUCGCACAUCUUGUGAAUGGAGAGUGGGGAUACCUCGCCAAUGAUCUGGGUGAUAUGGAUGUUUUGAAGCCAACAACAGAUAGAUUUGCUCUUCGCCUGGCUCUAGAGCGGGUUUUCGGUGACGGCCCUGAUGCAGUUGUCAAGGACGGCUUACCAGAUAUCAAUUUUGGACAGGUGACGGGAAAGCUUUGGGAGAUAGCCUUGAAAUUUCGCCUUCGUCUGCCUCCCUACUACACAUUAGUUCUCAGAUCCCUCGCAUCACUUGAAGGAAUAGCACUAUCGGUGGACCCGAACUACAAGGUUUUUGCUUCCGCUUAUCCGUACGUGGUAACACGCCUUCUUACAGACAACUCUCGCCCUACGAGACAGGUUCUUCAGUCACUUGUUCUGAAUGAUAAGAAAGAGCUUAGAUGGGAUAGAAUUGCUUCGAUCGUGAAAACCUCACAAGCAGAGCCUUCCAAUAUGAAAAGUCCAGGUUCAGCUGAAAAUGGUGAACAGAAAUCAGGUGCUAAUUUUGAGAUGGCCGGCAGGAAGAAUGCGUUUAUUGCGCUGCUCUCCUUCUCUCUCUCGCAGAAAGGAUCUUGCAUCAGGCGUGUCCUUGUUGAAGCUGAUACAAUAUCAUUGGCAAAGUCUUUCAUUUCUGCCCCUGCCAGCUCUUACCGUAGAAAAGUCGCAAACAUAUUGUCGGAAGCCUUUUAUCGGUCUGGUUUGAGGCUUUUGGACAUAGAACAAGAGGGGUGCACGGGAGCGAGUAGCAUAUCUAAUCAAGGUGAAACUCAAAGCCUAGAGGAGCCGACUGGAAGUGGCCAAGACUUCAGGAAAGUGCUUUUUGAUUGUGCAGUUAUUUCUCCAGACGCCCUGUUAAAGAAUCGGAGGUUGUGGUUUCUCAUGAAAGUUCUAGCGGGGAAGAUGCAACGUGCCCCACUCCUUCAGCUGAAAGUCGGAUGGACAAUUAUGACCAUGGUGUGCUACGCAGCCGCUAUGGCACUGCACAGAGUUAUGGUUACUCUCAGUGACAAGCUCCUGAGUACCGAAUCCGAGAAAAGAUCUAAUGAGUUGAAACAGUCAUCCCCGAGGCCGAUUUUAAGUUACCAAUAGGAACUGUGUAUUUCAGUUACUGCUCUUGUAUAGUAAUAAACUUGACCGAAUGUACGUAGAUCACAACCACAGUGGAAGUAAAGCCUACA